GGCGACGGCGGGCGGGGUCCGGGCGGGUUUCGCCGCGCCGCCGCGCAGGCGCUUCAGGGCCGUACGGAGCCGAGCCCCUCCUGCUCCCUCUAGAAGUCAAAAUGGCGGCGAGGGGAAUCUGGAGCAGCCCCGGAGCUUGAGCCACUGACAGGAGAGGAGAGGGCGGCGGCGGCGGCGGCGGCUGGAGGAGGAUGGCCGGGGGUGCUGGCGCCGGUCCGGACGGCGGUGCUGGUGGCGGCGGCGGGGGCGACGGUAGCGGUCCCAGCGGCGGCAGCAGCAGCAGCAGCGGCCGGAGGAGCCUCUGGGAAAUGGAUGAAAGGAGGCUGCUGGAUCCAGGGUUGAAGGUUCAGGAAGGCCUCUGGGAUUACCCUCUGAAGAGCCAGCAGACGGAAUGCCCGAGUGACUGAAGACAAUGGGCGCUAAUGCGUCUAACUAUCCUCACUCCUGUUCCCCGAGGGUAGGGGGAGCUUCACAGGCCCAACAGACUUUUAUAGGAACAUCAUCCUACUCCCAGCAAGGCUUUGGUUGUGAAUCAAAAUUGUAUAGCCUUGACCAUGGCCAUGAGAAACCACAAGACAAAAAAAAGAGAACCUCUGGCCUUGCCACCCUCAAAAAGAAGUUUAUUAAGCGUCGGAAAUCUAAUAGGUCUGCCGAUCACGCCAAGCAGAUGCGAGAACUCCUGUCUGGGUGGGAUGUUAGAGACGUCAACGCCUUGGUGGAGGAAUAUGAGGGAACUUCAGCCUUAAAGGAGCUUUCUCUACAAGCCAGCUUGGCUAGACCAGAGGCCCGGACGUUGCAGAGAGAUAUGGCUGAUCUUUAUGAGUACAAGUAUUGUACUGAUGUAGACUUAAUAUUUCAAGAAACUUGUUUUCCUGUUCAUCGUGCCAUUUUGGCAGCAAGAUGUCCGUUUUUUAAAACACUGCUUUCUUCCUCGCCAGAGUACGGGGCAGAGAUUAUAAUGGACAUCGCUACGGCUGGUAUUGACAUGCCCAUGUUUUCUGCGCUCUUACACUACCUUUAUACUGGAGAGUUUGGAAUGGAAGACUCAAGGUUUCAGAACGUUGAUAUCCUUGUGCAGCUUAGUGAGGAAUUUGGAACCCCCAAUUCCCUCGAUGUAGAUAUGCGAGGACUCUUCGAUUCCAUGUGUUACUAUGAUGUUGUUCUUAGUUUUUCUUCAGACUCUGAACUGGUUGAAGCUUUUGGUGGAAAUCAGAACUGUUUAGAUGAAGAGCUCAAAGCCCAUAAAGCUAUUAUUUCUGCAAGAUCCCCAUUUUUCCGGAAUUUAUUACAAAGGAGAAUACGGACUGGUGAAGAAAUCACAGACCGAACUUUGAGGACUCCCACAAGAAUUAUACUAGAUGAGUCCAUUAUACCAAAAAAAUAUGCAAAGGUGAUAUUAUACUGCAUGUACACCGAUGUGGUGGACCUCUCCGUCCUGCACUGUAGCCCCUCUGUGGGGAGUCUCGGAGAAGUUCAGGCGCUGGUCGCAGGGAAGCCCAGCAUGGCCAGGGCGGAAGAAGCCAUGGAGCUUUACCACAUAGCACUGUUCCUGGAGUUCAACAUGCUUGCACAAGGCUGUGAGGAUAUCAUUGCUGAGAGCAUCUCAUUAGAUACCUUAAUUGCCAUCCUCAAGUGGAGUUCUCAUCCAUAUGGCUCUAAAUGGGUCCACCGACAAGCUUCACAUUUCCUCUGUGAGGAAUUUUCCCAGGUCAUGACUUCGGAUGUUUUUUAUGAAAUCAGCAAAGACCAUCUGCUUACUGCAAUCCAGUCUGACUACCUACAGGCAAGUGAACAAGACAUCCUUAAGUAUCUGGUGAAGUGGGGAGAGCAUCAGUUGAUGAGAAGAAUAGCAGACAGAGAGCCAAAUCUACUGAGUGGCACUGCCCAUAGUGUGAACAAAAGAGGUGUAAAGAGGCGAGACCUGGACAUUGAAGAGCUGCGAGAGAUCCUGUCUGCUCUCUUACCUUUUGUGCGGAUUGAACACAUCUUACCUAUAAACAGUGAAGUCUUAAGUGAUGCAAUGAAAAGAGGCUUGAUUAGUACUCCUCCCUCAGAUAUGCUUCCUACAACCGAAGGUGGAAAGUCAAAUGCCUGGUUACGGCAAAAAAAUGCUGGCAUCUAUGUCCGUCCCCGGCUGUUCUCUCCCUACGUGGAAGAAGCAAAGUCGGUGCUGGACGAGAUGAUGGUGGAGCAGACAGAUCUGGUGCGUCUGCGAAUGGUUAGAAUGUCCAACGUGCCAGACACGCUGUACAUGGUCAGUAACGCUGUGCCGCAGUGCUGUCACGUGGUCAGCCACCAGCAGGUCAGCAGCAGCCAAGCCAGUCCCCCGUCAGUGGUGGCCAACGACAUUCCAGUUCCUCGUCUGCUGAUUAUGAAAGACAUGGUCAGACGACUGCAGGAGCUGCGGCACACCGAGCAGGUGCAGAGGGCCUAUGCGCUCAACUGUGGGGAAGGCGCCACCGUCAGCUACGAGAUUCAGAUCCGAGUACUGAGGGAGUUUGGUCUUGCAGAUGCUGCUGCAGAGCUCUUGCAGAAUCCUCACAAGUUCUUCCCUGACGAACGCUUUGGCGAUGGAAGCCCGCUGCUGACAAUGAGACAGCCUGGGAGAUGCCGCGUGAACAGCACCCCUGCUGCAGAGACUACGUUUACAGAGCUGGACUCCUUUGUGGCCUUCCAUCCUCCCUUGCCCCCUCCGCCGCCUCCGUACCACCCUCCAGCCACCCCAAUCCAUAAUCAACUCAAAGCAGGCUGGAAGCAGAGACCUCCCAGCCAGCAGCCUUCCCGCUCUUUCUCUUACCCCUGCAAUCAGUCGCUGUUUCACUCCAGAACAGCUCCUAAAGCUGGCCCACCCCCGGUCUACUUGCCCAGUGUGAAGGCAGCGCCACCUGACUGCACCAACAUCACAGGGCUGGGGAGACAGACCAUUGCCGCUGCCGUCGCCGCUGCCACCACCGCAGGAACGUCAGAGAAGCAAGUGGGCCCACAGCCUGUGCUGAAUGAUCUGGUGCCAGACAUCGCCAUGGGUGUGUCCACGAUGUCCCUGAAGGACAGGAGGCUUCCAGAGCUGGCGGUGGACACAGAGUUAAGCCAGUCAGUAUCUGAAGCGGGGCCUGGGCCUCCCCAGCAUCUUUCAUGUAUUCCACAGAGGCAUACACACACUUCUCGAAAGAAACACAUGCUAGAGCAAAAAACCGAGCUUCGAGAAAAUCAGCAGGAAUAUCCAGAUUUCUAUGACUUCUCCAAUGCUGCUUGCAGACCUUCAACUCCUGCUCCUAGCAGACGCACCCCUUCCCCUUCACAAGGUGGAUAUUUUGGUCCUGAUUUGUACAGCCACAAUAAGGCAUCACCAAGUGGCUUAAAGUCAGCCUGCGUCCCCAGCCAGACCUCUCCUGAAAAGCAGGAAGAAGCUAGGAGAACAUAUCCACUUUCCCCGGACGGGCACCCGCACAGGCAGAAGAAUGAGCCGAUCCGCCUGGACGUGGUGGAGCAGCCUCCCCCACGAGCCAACUUUGCUUUGGCGGCCCCGGAAAGCGCUGGUAGCGGUCCAGCUCACGUCAGGGGACGGACCACAGCAGAAGCUGACUGGACCUUCGGGCUCACACCCAACAGGCCUUCUUCACAUUCGGCAUGCAGCUCCGAAGCUCCGGAAGAGAGAUCCAGUCGGAGACUGGCAGGCAAUGAGUCCCUGGGCCCAGGAGCACAGAGAAGUGCCGAUGUGGAAAACGAAGAUUCGGUCAGCAGAGGAAGGAGGUCACCCAGCAAGCCCGACUUCCUCUACAGGAAAUCUGCCCUCUGAUGUCCGUGCCUGAGAUGGGAAGCAUCCACUCUGAGCUGUGGCCCAGCAGCAUGCAGCCCCAUCUGUGGAUGCCAGCUGAGGACGAGUGUCCCAUCCUUUGAUUCUGUUUCCGUGUGUGUGUGUAUUAGACAUGGCAUGCUGAGAGGGUUGUUUUGAAUGCUGCGUCUGUCUGUUUUGUGUUUGAACGAUUGUGUGGGGAAGCGUUUUUAGGAACAAGCAAGCAAGCUGGCACUUUUUUUUCCCUUUUCAAAAUGAUGGAAUUUUUUUGCACUUGUACAUUUUAUGUGUAUUGGUUUUAUAUCAGUGUGUUAAAAUUUAUCGCCACAUUUAAAGGACUGUAUUUUCAUACUUUUUUGCAUUUUAUCUUUCAUCUACCAAUUUCCAUGUGCAUUGGGUUGCACACUGAGAUGUAUUUUCUUAUGAAAUAAUUCUGUGUUUAUUUUUUAAUUAUAGAAAUUCCAAAGAACAGCA